CAGGGAAAUCAAGCUGUGCUAAUUGGGGAAAAGCCCAGCAAACAUCAUGCCUGGGAAAAAACACAGUCGAGACUCCCAUAGGCGUAGGAGGCAGGCCCUCUCCCGCUCCACAAGAGCAGAGCUGCAGUUCCCGGUUAGCCGCGUGGACCGCCUCCUGCGAGAGGGUCACUAUGCCCAGCGCCUGAGCUCGGUCACUCCCAUUUUCCUCGCCGGCAUCCUGGAGUACCUGACCUCGAACAUCCUGGAGCUGGCGGGAAAGGAAGCCAACAACAACCGCAGGGUGCGCAUCACCCCUGAACACGUGGAGACUGCAGUGAACCAGAACCAGCAGCUCAGCUGCCUCUUUGAGGACGACACCCACUCUCAGGUUGAUGAUCUGCCCCAACCCAGGAAGAAGUAGAGAUUCCAGAGCCGGGGAGAACCUCAUCAACAGCCCCAUCGAGCCCCCAAAACUGCCAUAGAGAGGGAGCCCAGGCUGCUACCA